UUUAAAUGCAUAAACAGGCGUAACACUCCUUAUAAAACACUUGAGCCGGUGAAACCUCCAACGGUGCCCAACGAUUACAUGACAAGUCCAGCUCGCUUGGGCAGCCAACACAGUCCAGGACGCACUGCAUCUCUCAACCAGAGACCGAGAACCCACAGUGGCAGCAGCGGGGGCAGCGGCAGCCGAGAGAACAGUGGCGGCAGCAGCAUUGGCAUUCCCAUCGCCGUUCCCACUCCCUCCAUUCCCAACUCAGUCCCAGGCAAUGGUCCUCACUUUUACAGUAUGAACCGACCAAUGACACGGCACACCACGCCGUCAGUGGGCGGCUCCCUGCCCUAUCGCCGGCCGUCAUCAGUUACCGGACAGCCCAACAACAUGCCUCAGAACACAAAUCCAAACAUGAUCCAAAACCAGCUCAAUGGAGGGCCACACUACAACCAAAACCAAGCCCCUAUGGCCCCUCCACCCCCUUCUAUUCUCCAGAUCACCCCCCAGCUACCGCUCAUGGGCUUUGUGGCUCGGGUUCAGGAGACCAUCUCGGACGCUCCUCCACCACCGCCUCCUGCAGAAGAGGUGGAGUUUGAGGAAGCAACCCCGCCCCCGCCUCCUCCAGAGGACUACGAGGAUGAGGAGGGCGACGAUGAGGAAGAGUCAGCGGUGGUGGAGUACAGUGACCCCUACGCUGAAGAAGACCCGCCAUGGGCCCCUCGCAGUUACCUGGAGAAAGUCGUGGCGAUUUACGACUACACGCGCGACAAAGAAGACGAGCUGUCCUUCCAGGAGGGGGCGAUCAUUUACGUCAUCAAGAAGAACGACGACGGCUGGUUCGAGGGAGUGAUGAGCGGCACCACGGGCCUCUUCCCUGGAAACUACGUGGAGUCCAUCAUGCAUUACGCUGACUGAGCCAGCGGGUGGCGCCACUGCUCCUCUGUCCAUCAUCUUCCUCAUUCUCACACACACACACACACACACNCAGACAAACAGA